GACCUCUCCCCCGACCUCUCCAGCCCAGACGUUUAUCAUGGCGCGACCAAACUUCGUUCUGAUCCUCACCGACGACAUGGGCUCCGGGGACCUGCCCUGCGUGCCCGGCGGCGACCCGGCCGUCGUGUGCGGCGGCACUGCAUCUUUCGGCCAUCCGUACGCUCACAUGCCGCACCUCGCGGCGCUGCAGCGGGACGGCGCGCGCUUCACCGCCGCGUACACGCUCGGCCUAACCUGCUCGCCGAGCCGCAACGCCUGGCUCACGGGACGGAUGCCCGCCGAGAUGAAUGUCGGCGUCGAGGGGUUGCCGCAUCCUCCGGUGAGCGAGAUGCUGCGCGCCGCUGGCUACGCCACGGCCCACUUCGGAAAGUGGAACAUUGGCAAGACGGCGACCGCCAUCGACACCUCCAAGAACAUCGCCGCCGGGACGUACGGCUUCGACGUCAUCGACGAGAAGGGCUGGCCAAACGGCACGGCGCCACGCCGCUCGCGCCUCGAGGGCCGCUACUGCGUGCGAGGCGUCGACCACAGCGAUCGCACUUGGUACGGCCGCGACGGGGGCUACUUCGACCUCGCCGUCUCGUGGCUAUACGAGGUCGCCAAGCCGCCCUUCUACAUGGAUGUGUGGGCGAUGACGCCGCACCGGCCGGUUCCGAUGUUCCCGCCAAGGAGCGAGGCGAUCAACCACGUGGCUCCCCGCGCCACCAGGCCGCGGACACGAGCCAUGCCCUGGCUCGGCGACCGGUUCCGCGACCGGUUCUCCGCAGAGGGAUUCGACCGGCACCUCUUCCCCGCCGGCAUGCAGCGGCGUUUCGACGACCACGCAAGGCUGGGUGCGGCAGGGUACAAGGCCAAGGUGAAGCAUUCUGCGCAGCCGGGCGGCAGCAAGGCGAGGGUGCUGCAGCGGUACAACACCAGCCUCGCCGACGGCAUGGCGACCUACCUCGGCGAGAUGUACGGGCUAGACGUGCACAUCGGUGGGGCUGACGCCCGGCGGUGGAAGGGCUCGGCUGGCGACCGUUCUGGCGGCGCGCUGUUCGCGUGGUGCCUGCACGGUCACAAGGUUGCCAUCCGCGGGCCCCGCGGCCUCAAGGCCUUCGCGUGGGCCGAGCGCACAUUCGGCAAUAGUCGGGCGGCGGCGCGCGCGGAGGGGUGCGAGGCUGCCCGAGACCAGAACACGAAUGGCGGGGGGGCGGCGACGUGGAGCGACGUGCACGUCGCGCGGCUCGGGAUGGGCGCCAGGCCACCCAUCUGCGGGCGAAAAAAGCUCGAGUAG